UAGGCACUUACGUAGUCCAGCAGAGAGAGGGAGAGAGAGGGAGAAAAGGGGAGAAAAAGGGAGAGAGAGGAUUGGAUGAUGAGAUUAUACUGCACAAGACCCACCAGACGCUUAUACUGUAUAUAGGAGACAGGGAAGGAGAGAGCAACACUAAGUACAAAAUGGACAGCAGAUGCAGCAUGCAAGAGGGACAGAGGGCUUUCAGGGACUGAGGCAAACUGUGAAGAUGGCUGUUGCUCAACCUCAGCAAAGCAUAACCCACCGCUGACACCAAGGCAAAGAUUUAGGAAGCCCCCGCAGUCCAGCUGCAGUCAAAUCUGUGGUGUGUUCCAUGCUCAGAGUCCAGCUGGGAGAGAUGCGCCUGACUUAACACUAUUAUUAUUAGUUGAUUCGAUUACCCAUCAGCCACACUUAAGCAGCUUGGCCUCUUGGGAUAUUUGAUUGGCCUGCCGGAGGACUUGUCAUAAAAAGUUUAUGUAACAUCCGACUGCAGAGGGGGGUGAGAGGAAGCAAGCAAGUGCAAGGAGGAGAAGAGAGAGAGAGAGAGAGAGGAGAGAGGUGCAGAGAAGGCAGAGGGCGAAGAGACAGAGGCUGAGAAAGAGAGUUGAGAAAGGUGAUGGGAACAAAGCCUUCAAAGAGAAACAGCAUGAAGAAGGGGACAGUGGCACUUCCCCAGCAGGGGAGUGGGGCACCUCUGGCAGCCUCUAUGCUGGGUGGUGUCCGGGGUCCUGGGGCAGACGAGGAAGGGGAUGACAAUCCUGGGCGCGAGAAGGAGUUUGAUGAGCCGCUGUGUGCCCUGGUCCAGAACUGCACCGUGCUUCACAACAUAGUGGGGCCCGCCUGCAUCUUCCUCAGACAGGGCUUUGCCCAGUCACAGAUUGACAGGGAUCUACGGCCGGAGGAGCUUGAAGAGCUGAAGGAGGCCUUCACAGAGUUUGAUAAGGAUAAGGACGGCUUCAUCAGCUGUAAGGAUCUGGGCGAGUGCAUGAGGACCAUGGGAUACAUGCCCACAGAGAUGGAGCUGAUUGAACUGAGCCAGCAGAUCUGUGGUGGUAGAGUGGACUUUGAGGACUUUGUGGACCUGAUGGGUCCUAAGAUGCUUGCUGAGACAGCAGACAUGAUAGGAGUGAAGGAGCUGAGAGAUGCUUUCAGAGAGUUUGACUCUAACGGGGAUGGUCAGAUCAGCCUGUCGGAGCUGAGGGAGGCCAUGAAGAAGCUGAUGGGAGAGCAGCUGAAUCAAAGAGAGAUUGACGAGAUCCUCAGAGAUGUGGACCUUAAUGGGGAUGGCCUGGUUGACUUUGAAGAAUUUGUUCGAAUGAUGUCCCGCUAACUGCCUGCACCCAGAUGUGUGAAGCCAAGAUGGAGGGGAAAGGGCA